CGAGGAUACAGCUCGGCGCGCAAGCUAUAAGUAUUCAAUUUAUACCCUCUACUCACGUGUAACAACAUACAGUAGUUCAAAUCAUUUCUACGUGAUCUUCCAAUAGGUGGUUUUAGUGCAUCUUGACAAAUUUUUAAAUACUAACAUUUCUCCCCGAAUGACAUUCGAAUGAAUUCUAUCAAGAAGUCUACUUAGAUACAACGAAAGCUCAUAAAAUGCUAGGUCCGUCAUGGAGAAGUAAAUUAUCUUGGCAAGUAUUUUCUUUGGAACAUGAUGACCCAAAAAUUUUUACCGUGUCGCAAUGGCAACAUGAUAAAUCAAAGCCAGGCAUUAUCUACCUAAUUUACCGGAUAGUAAUAGCAUUGUUUUUGUUUGUAACAUGGCUUCUUUCCGUGAUAGACUACAAGAACUCGAACUUGACGGCCGAAUUCAGAGCAAAGUAUUUGAUAUAUUUGACAAAUUGGGGCUAUACGACGUGCACUUUGCAGGCACUGGUAUGCCUGGUGAUGGUGGCCGGAUCGGUUUUGUCCAGCAAACUGAAGAGUCACCCAACAAUAGAGAAAAAAGUACUGAAACUAUACAAGUUUUAUAGACUACUUAACGUUAUUGCCACGCCAGUUGCUUUUGCCAUCACUUCAAUGUAUUGGUCUGUGAUAUAUGAUGCCAGUACAAUGACAUUCGACGAAAUGAACUUUUUCGUCCAUGGCAGCAAUUCCAUUUUUAUGAUGAUUGAUUUGAUGGUGGUCGCUCACCCAGUGAUAUUUAUGCAUUUUAUUUAUACCUCCAUAUUUGGCAUUACCUAUGCCACAUUUACUUUGAUUUAUUAUUUGUGCGGCGGUACCAGUCGGGAAGGAAACGUGUACAUCUAUACAAUUUUAAAUUGGGAUAAUCCAGGAACAACAGUAUUAACUUGCUUGGGUGUGCUAGUUUUCCUGAUCGCCCUUCAUUGCUUAACAUGGGCACUUCAAAAAUUAAGAAGAAUAAGCGAGAAAGGCGAAAAAUCGAUUGUAGAUGAUAAGACAAAAGAAACAACCAAAAAGAAACACCAGGGAUACGUUAACGAAGGAAUGGCUAAUGAUGUUGUGUAAAUUUUCAAGUUCCUUUAUAUUGACUAUAUUUUUUUUAUAUUAUAUUAAUAAUUACAUGUUUUCUUAAA